UUGCUUGGCUUGCAUUCACCCUAUGUGUUUCAAGAGGCAUUCGGUCAGCUUACCGGUGGUGGAAUCGACGAUAUACGAUUUGCUGGAGCACCGAACGUAUCAAUCACAAAUCCCGGUGCACUUCCUCUCGACGAGGUACCAAUGCCUAUUGCUAAGUCCGUUAUGAAACGAUGUAUGGAUAAAAUCUUCGAUGUGGAAAACAGUGAAGAGGAUCCCAAUACGGGAAGAACUAGUCAACCUUUGCUUACCAUUCCUGGUGGUGCUGUGCGAAGCAGCCCGGCCAAGCUUCGACAGAUCAAAUGGACUCCUCCUGAUUCCAUAACGCGGCGGUUCGCUAUGGCUUUUACCAAUGCGUCUCUAGACUACAUUUAUGGUCCAUAUGCAUUUGCACAAGUUUGGUACAAAUUUGUAAAAAGGCUCCGUACAUACUACGACAGCACCAAAAACUUACCAGGAAUGAGUGAGAUUACCCAGCCCAAUCUGUCUCAUUGCCUCUUGCAUCAAAAACUGGAGAUGCUCCAAUGUUGCAUCUCUGCAAAACGAAAACGUCAUGAACUUUACGACAACACGAAAGAUUUCGGUGGAGAUGAGUUCUACGAUGCACAAUCUGACCAGUCUGAGGAUUUGAAUUCCACAAACGAAAGUGAAAGGACCGAUACUGUCACUGAGAGCACGUCUGACGACAAUACCAAGAGUGCUAAGAGUAUAGAGGAUAUGGAACCAACUGGUCGCCUGCAUCCAUUUGGCGAAUUGCGGUUGUUGCACCAUCCCGAUACGUUACUCUAUGUUCCCAUUACUCAGGAUCGCAGUCCCAUGACUGAAGAUAUGCUUGAUGAGUACACGAGGUAUCUCUCCUCCUUGGAUGAUGGAGAUUCUAGGAUUCGAGCUCAGCUUGAUGUGCUUUGCAGCGAUAUGCAAGCUUUCAAGGCAGCGAAUCCGAAGUGCUGCUUGGAAGAUUUCAUAAGAUGGCAUUCACCUAAGGAUUGGAGUGAGGAAGAAGGUACGUUAGCGUGA